GACGGCAAGUGAAAUGUGGCUGCAGAAGCACAUCCAGUCUUUCGACACAGGAAAUCGUCGGAAGCGCAAACAGGUGCUGGAAGAUUUCCUGGAAUAUGUGAAGCAGAGUUCGUUAAGUGGCAUGGAGGAGCUGUUCUCAAAAGAAGCACAUCGAUUCCUUUUGCGUUUGACGUCGUGGUUCUCUGUGACCCUGCCGCUGCUCUAUGCCCUGCCGUUGCAGUUGAAAGUUUUCCUCGUUUUCUUGGAGUUUCGGGAACAGUCAGUUGUGCGAGCGUUCUUCGAGUCCGGCGUCGUUCUUUCGUUGAUGAGCACACUGGUCACCGACUUCGAUUGCACAGACGAAGUCCGGUGUUUAGCAGUUUUGGUACUUCAUCGGUUGGCCUUGCAUGGGCGGACGUGCAAGGAGGUGCUGUGCUCCAAGGGCUUGAUCCCGCACCUGACAGAGUGCAUCCUCGAUGGGCUGAAAUGGGAAACUCUGAAGUGCGCGGGUCUGCUGCUCUGCGAGCUGUUCCGCUCGAACCCGAAGUACCAGGAAGACAUCACGAAGACCUUCCACUCGCUGCUGGAGUCACAGCGACGACCGCUGGUGCAGCGGGUGGCUCUUUCAGCCUUCUCGGCGCUGGUUGAGGAGGAGUACGCAGGCAAUGUGCAUGUCCGGAAUGGCCGGACCAGCUGA